CCUCUGCACUUGUUCACACCGGCACUGAAAGAGUAAACUGGCUGUCUGCAGUCGAAGAGGCUGCUCUAAAAGGCGCCGUCUUCUGUCCCGUGAUGCCUAAUAAGGGUCGCUGCAGUACGAGGAGGUAUUUACAUUGUGCAACAAACUUAUUAUCAGUGGGUGUGUCAGGAGGAGAUCUGGACUGCACUUUCAUCUCUUUAACUGAAUCAAAAACUAAUUCACAAUGAGUCAAAGCAGCACGCCACUUUCUAAGCAGGAUUCUAUACCAUGCUUUGGGAAAGACAUGCCACGGCAUUUCCCAAGACUCUCGAUGAGCGAGGUGGACGAGACGGUGCGUCUCAUCGCAGAGAAGGUUUACGCCUCAGCCCUAAAGGAGGAAGACACCAAGGAUGCCAUGGCACUGUUCACGGUGCCGGAGGACUGUCCCAUUGGUCUGCAUGAGAACAUGGAGAGGGCACUACAGAAGGAGUUGGCCGAGCAGCAAUCACAAGAAACUGUUAAGAAGAAGAAGAGUUUCAUGUUGAAACGCUCGCAGUCCAUAUCUUUACAGAUACCGGACAGUUUUGACGGGGCCCCGCCUGUGCCAUCAACAUUGUUCCCCCUAGCCACAGCUGAGCCAUGUUUCCCAUCCAGUUUCCCAGACUUCCAGAGAGUUACCAUCAGCGGAGAUUACUGUGCAGGGGUUACAGUAGAGGAUUAUGAGCAGGCAGCCAAGAGUCUCCUUAGGGCCUUGCUUAUCAGGGAGAAAUACUCCAGACUGGCCUAUCACCGCUUCCCAAGGACAAUCGCCCGAUUCCUCCGCAGUGCUGAAAAUGAGAAGUGGCAGGAGGAAGACGAGACCUUGCCAGACAUCUGGCCUGCUCCUCAAGAGGGGGAGGACCCAUAUUCCACAGAAGGAAUUCCUGAGGACCUCAACUAUGUGCUGCAAGUAAAGAACGGAAUAGUUCAUGUUUAUGAUAAUGCAGAUGCCCUAAAACAGGAGCAACCCCACAGCCUCCCUUAUCCUGACCUGGAGACUUUUGCCAUAGACCUGAGCUACGUACUCGCUAUGAUAGCUGACGGCCCAACGAAAACCUACUGUCACAGAAGGCUGAACUUUUUGGGUUCAAAAUUCUACCUUCAUGAAAUGCUGAAUGAAAUGGCAGAGCUAAAAGAGCUGAAAUGCGUUCCACACAGAGACUUCUACAACGUCAGAAAGGUGGAUACACAUAUACAUGCUGCUGCUUGUAUGAACCAGAAGCAUCUGCUGAAAUUUAUAAAGACCACAUACCAGACUGAGGAAGACCGUGUGGUUUUGGAGAAAGGCUCUCAGAAGAUCACACUCAAAGAAGUCUUCAGCAAGCUCCACAUGGACCCGUAUGACCUCACAGUGGACUCUUUGGAUGUGCAUGCUGGAAGACAAACAUUUCACCGCUUUGACAAGUUUAACUCCAAGUACAACCCAGUGGGAGCCAGUGAACUGCGAGAGAUUUACUUGAAAACCGACAACUACAUCGAAGGAGAAUACUUUGCACGUAUAAUCAAGGAAGUAGCAAAGGAGCUGGAGGAGAGUAAAUACCAGCACGCUGAGCCGCGUCUGUCCAUUUAUGGCCGCUCUACCAGUGAGUGGCAGGGACUAGCAACGUGGUUCAUCCAGCACAAGGUCCACUCACCCAACAUGAGAUGGAUGAUCCAAAUUCCCAGGAUCUAUGACAUUUUCAAGUCAAGGAAAUUAGUACCACACUUUGCCAAGAUGCUGGAGAACAUUUUCCUCCCCCUUUUUGAGGCAACAGUCAAUCCAAAGAAACACAAAGAAUUACAUGUGUUUUUGAAAUACGUGACAGGAUUUGACAGCGUGGACGAUGAAUCCAAACACAGUGACCACUUGUUCACUUAUAAAAGUCCAAAGCCGGAGGCAUGGACCACGGAUGACAACCCUCCCUACACCUACUACCUGUUCUAUAUGUACGCCAACAUCAUGGUGCUGAACAACCUACGCAAGGAGCGAGGGCUGAACACCUUCCAGUUUCGUCCUCACUGUGGUGAGGCUGGUUCCAUUACCCACCUCGUCUCCGCUUUCCUCACAGCUGACAACAUCUCCCAUGGACUCAACCUCAAGAAGAGUCCAGUGUUGCAGUACCUUUACUACCUGGCCCAGGUGCCCAUCGCCAUGUCUCCACUCAGCAACAACAGCCUGUUCCUGCAGUACUCCAAGAACCCUCUGCGAGAAUUUCUACACAAAGGCCUUUGUGUGUCUCUGUCCACUGAUGAUCCCAUGCAGUUCCAUUACACUAAGGAGCCUUUGAUGGAGGAGUAUGCCAUCGCUGGCCAGUUGUGGAAGCUGAGCACCUGUGAUUUGUGCGAGAUAGCGAGGAACAGUGUGCUGCAGAGUGGCCUCUCACACCAGGAGAAGAAACACUUCAUUGGUUCCAACUACCUAGAGGAAGGACCAGAGGGCAAUGACAUUCGGCGGACAAACGUGGCACAAAUUCGCAUGGCCUACCGCUACGAGACUCUGUGCAAUGAACUCAGUUUUCUCGUGGAUGCCGUGAAGGAGGAUGGCACUAACCCAGCUGAGUGAUCAACUACAACAGCACAAAGGGUGCCUUGAAAUGUCAGGGUAUAGGUUGCACAGCAAACAACUUUUUUUUCUCAAUUUCUUAUAAAUCUUCUGCAGUCAGCAAAAAGGUGUCCUUACAGUUUUGUUGUCCUUGUUACAGGCUUUUAGACGGUUAUUUAAAACUGUGCUCGGCAGGAUCGCUACAGAGAGGAUGCUUGUCGAGUUUCAUCCACAUGGUUAUUAAAUUACUCACGUUUAAAGGCUGUUCUCUGUCCUGAGUUCAUUUCAUCAGGUGACAGGUGACCUGAGGCAAAAAAAAUUUUUUUAGAUUUAUUUGCUGUGUAGGAAGUAGCUGCCUUUACUGGAGUAGUGAUCCAGUGCUAGGUGAGACCUGUGUGCUGAGCAUGUGUAACAACACUGACCGCACCUGAUCAGGCCCAUGUUGGAAUCAAAUUUCCACUGUCAUAUGUCAAACUGCAGGCACAACAUGAGCAGAUAUAAACCCGACAAUUGCAACAAUUGCUCUGUGAGCUCAAUGCGUCACCGAAUAAUAAGUGCGUCCCCACAGAAAGUUUGGGAAACACUGUUAUAGUGUUCUGUCUCAUCUACAGCCUGCAGUGACAUGGGCACCAGUUAUGUAACACUGUGCAAGGAAAAAAUAACACGUUUUAAACCAGUUCUUUUUUUUUUUAACACAAAUUUGGUUAGGGAAGCUGAACGUUGUCGGUAGUCUCCUAUGACUUUCAGAUUGUGCACCAUGUGAAGGCUCAAUGCUGAAGAUUUAGUUGCGAGGCUGUAAAUAGAGCUUCUCUCUAACCUAAAUUAUGUUGAAAGGUUUUUGUAAAAUUAUUGAUCAAAAAUGUGCCAAAAAAUUCAUUAUUACAUAGAUUUUAUUUUGUAUUCAAAACUGUAUCAAUUAAAUUUGCCAAAACGCUCCAUGCCUAAUUUUUCUGGGAUGGAGGUUGUUUUCAUUUGAAAGAAUGUUAUUUCUACUUAGAUAACCUUUUUGACAGCAGAUAUUUGACAUAUUUUAGGGAAAAUGCCUCAGCACAGGUAUUACUGAUCACAUUGCCAUCAUGAAUUAUGCCAUUGUAAUUUUCCUUGUGAGACUGUCUAGAUGUCCGUCAUAAAAGAGGUUCAUAGAUUUGGACAAAGUAAAAAAUUGAAUGUACAUUUUUAGAAGCAACUGCAUAGUGAAUUUUUUUUGUGUGUCACUUCAGUGUAGAUGUGUUUCAAAAUCCAUAGCAAAUGGUGCGAAGUGUAACUAAAUCUAAACGCUGUAAGAUUUUUCUAAUCUUUCUUAUGUUUGCCAUUUGUUAUAGUUUUUCAUAUAUAAAAUAAAGAAUGCACACCAGUUGA